CCACAUAGUCUUUGAAGUUUAUGACUUGUAGUGGAUAAGUAACGAUAGAAGAUCCUACUCGUUGAUUCUUUCAAAAAUCCAAGAAGAACGAAGCUCUACGAAUUGGCAAACAAUAUUUCUGAAUGCCACCAUAUUGUACCUUGAGGGGGAAAAAGCAACGCGGUAGAUUAGAAUAGUCAAAGGAAAUACGACCUGGAACGUCAGCCAAGAUGACUUCUGCGCGAGCACGCUUCACACCCUGGAUGUGUACAUUUUUUGCCCUUCUCUUACCAAUAUUUCAGUCACUUCUGCUGCAUACCAAGACGCUCGCUUUUUCGCCAUCGUUACCGGUGUCAGUCGGGUCUUCUAAAUGUCGCGGAAGACAAUAUAAAGAAUGGUCUUGUCAAAGAGCGACUGCUUCGAACGAAUCUAAAGUAAAUGUGAGAAAUUCUACAGAAAAAAAAGAAGAGAUCGCAACAACAUCGCUUCCAAUUCGCUACAACCCCUCUCUUCUGCGAUUCCGAUGUCGAAUCUCGUACGAUGGAACUAGUUUUUCUGGCUUUCAGCUGCAAGGAGGGAGAGUAGGAUCAGGGGGAAAACAAACCUAUUUGAGUUCGAGAACCGAGAAUUCAAACAAAAAGAAAACGAAAAAGGGCAAAGGUAAAAGCAAAAGCAAAAACAACCCGAGGACGAUUCAGGGGGAACUCGAACGAGUCUUAUCGACCCGUUUUCAGCGGGUGGUGAAGGUAAUAGGAGCAGGGAGAACGGAUGGUGGGGUUCACGCUCGGGGCCAAGCCAUUCACUUUGAUUUAUACCAAAACGAAACACUCGGAAAACCAACGAAUCGCAGCUCGGCCGAUGGUUUCUCCUUCGAACGCGACCUAGAAUAUACAAUGAACCGCAUGCUCCCCGUGGAUAUCCGAGCGUGGAACCUCGAGCGGGCAAGUCCCGAAGAAGUGGCCGAAACUGGUAGCAACUUCACACUUCCUGGAGUCUACAACUGGAAUGCUAUGCGAUCUUCGACUUCGAAAUUGUACUCGUAUCGGAUCUGCGUGGGAGAUGCUAUGGACCCAUCCGAGCGUUUUCAUCGCUGGCAAUUGCCGUGGCGCGGGUUGGACGCUGCACGACUCCAACGCAUCCUCAAGAAAUUUGAAGGCCAGCACGAUUUUGUUUGCUUUGCGGGGGCACUAGAACAGCAACAAAAGAAGACCGGGAUCGCUUUGGGUACGAUUAGAACGAUCCACGAGAUUCGGCUGGUCAAAGAGGUGGAUAUCGAUCGAAAUCGAUUCGACAUCAAUCUCAGCGACAUGGGUGGGGAUCCCUCCGAGCACUAUUACCGCAUUGAUAUUUAUUUGGAUGGGGCUCUGUACAAAAUGGUACGAAACAUCGUUGGAACGGCAAUUGAUGUCUGCAGGGAAUCAGUGAGCGAGGAAGUACUUUCUGACCUGUUGGACCGACCAAAAGAAUUAAAGUAUUCGAGAAAGAACAACCCCUGCGUGCCCGCACCACCAAAUGGCUUGACCCUGGAGCGAGUCUUCUAUUCCGACCAUGAACAUUUCUGAGAACACGAGUGUACACGAAAUUGAAAAAAUAAAUUAAUAGUGAUGUACUAGACGCCGCGAAGACAAGUCGUCAGUAGCAGUCUUAGUAAGACGGAAUUAUAGAACUUGGUUAUAAAAAGUAGGGAACCAAAUGUGCUCGUUCUUCUCCUCGAGGCCCGUGAACACUAUUCGUAGUUUCGCGAAAGAAUUUAAAUCGUUGCGAAAUCGAUCCUGGAUAACCCUCGUGCUCACUGCUAGUCGUCAUCUGUUGUUGAGCAUUGUUCCCGUCGUCUUCGUCGCAGUUUUCGUUUGUGCUGCUGCCGUACUCGUUGGAGCUAUCGUUGCCGCCAACUUCUAAUAUGGCGGCUACAUUUCCGCACCUAUAACAGUAGUUCGGUGCACUCCAGACGGUAACCAGCCGCUUAUCGAAAUGGUAUUUUCGUCCCUCCAUUACUAGCUGAUGUGCCCGCGCUAAGAACUCSAGAUUGUUGACUUCGUGGAAUUCGUCGGUGACACGCUUCCCAAACAGAUACCCAGCCCCGCGAGCCGACAGCUGCCAGGCUCCUGCAAUGUCUUCCGGAUCGCUCCACACCAAAUCGGUAAAGGCACCUUCGUGGGGAAUUUCUUGGUUCCGRUCGAUGGCCCGCACCUGAUCGAGCGUCCGAACAUCUGGACUCAGCCCGCCGUGCACGCAAAAGACCUUUUCGUCGAUCAAUGCGGCGAGACCGAAGCAAUCAAAACACUGCACACAGUGUCGCCAUGCACUAGCAUUUCCGUACUUCCGCAAGCAUUCGUCGUAAAAGCCGUAGAUUCGCGUGAUUUGCCGCGACUGAUUUCGAAAGGACAUUAGAACACCAAUGCAUCAGCCAACAUACAUAGUCACAUCACAUGCCAUGGCCCCGAUGCACAGGAUACUAUUCGGUACACGAUGUGCAGCCAAAAAAAAUAGCCUCGAAAUCGUGAAACUUACCUCGUGGUUCCCUCUCAAAAGCGUGAUGUGAGCUGGAAAUUUGAGCUUCAGACAGAGCAAUAGACUCAGAGUUUCUACCGAAUUGUGCCCCCGAUCCACGAAAUCCCCCAAGAAUAUGUACGAUGUUUCCGGCGGCCAGCCCCCAACGCCUUCGAAGAUAUUCAGCAAGUCGAAGAAUUGUCCGUGUAAAUCUCCUACGAUUGUCACUGGACUUGCAACAGGCUGGACAUUUGAUUCUUCCACGAGCAAUUCACCGACGAGUUGGCAGAGCUGCCGGAGUUGUCGCUCCGAGACGGUUUCUCCCUGCUUGAGAGUAUCGAUACAUGCGUCGACGUCGAGUCCCAUGUUUUCUUAUUUAUUUCCUGCUCCCUCUUGUCUCCUUUCGCCUUGUUUUGCCCCACAGCAAUAAUUAUUUGAGGUUCUC